GGGGGAAGGCCCUACGGCGCUCAAGCCGAAUCGGGAAAACCUAGGGAAGCUUACCAUUGAACCUUCAGAUGCAUAUACUAUCUUUGUUACCAGUCGAAGACAUAGUGUGGUCGCAUUUGGUUUGCAAACAAUGGGAUUCUCUGCUAAAUGAUCCACAUUUCAAAGCAUUAUGGGCCCGAAACAGCCGCUACAGAACACCUACUUUCGUAUUGCUGCAGGAAGGAACUAACACAGAACUUUUAAAACAGCGAACUCGCUACUACAAAUAUCCUUCAGGGCCUUACAGGUUGCAAGAUUUACCUCGGGGUUGGGACUCCUGGCUUACACCGGAAGGUUCAGAACUAUUCUUGUCCGCAGGUGGCCUGGUCGUAUGCAUCAUCGAGGAGAAUUACGAGACACGUUUCUUCGUUGGGAACCCGCUAACGCAACAAUGGGUGACCGUACCUGCACUUAAAACUUCAGCACAGUGUCGCCGGUCGUUCAUGCUGAUCCCGUACAUGAGUGAAGGUUUGAUGUUCUUCAGGAUGGCGAUUGACCCAUAUUUGUUCGACUCCAAAGUGGGGAUUUGGACAUUUCCUCCCUAUCAAACCAUGUGGACGUUGUCCUCCAACACGUUGCACAUACAAGGAGUGCAAUACGGUCUUGGGAUUUGUCAGCAGCACAGUGCAGUUGUGCUGCUGGAGAUUGAUGAUCUGGGAGCUCUUAGCGAAUCGAAGUGGCUGUGGGCCUGGGACGUGGGUACAAUUCCGUCUUUGUCUUACUCGUACAUGCUCGAAAUUGGCGGUGAGAUUGGGAUACUCGUUGCAACGAUGGAUUGGGAGGUCGUGGUUUUGGUGCUGGACAGGAAGAGUGGUAAAGAAUGGAGCUGGAGGAAAGUCUCAGCAUUACCCAAACACUUCUACAGGCACUUGCACGACUGGGUGCCUUUGUUUGACAGCAGGACAUGUUGUACACAUGGCAAUCUUACGUUCUUGUGUGUAGGGAUGCAGGUUCUGGUAUUUGAUUCCCAACGCAUGACAUGGGAGCUGGUUGGGAAACGUUUGUUGCGUACAAUGGAGCUGCUUGUUUGGGUGCCCGACUUCACAGCUGUCCCAAAUGUUAACACGCCCAGCGAGAAGUUGAAGCAAAGUUGUGCCAGCAAAUAUCCAGGGGGCAGCUUUCAUAUUACACCUGGAACGUUCUCAGAGGUGGAGGCUCUUUCAAAGCGUGGGAUGCCAUGGCAACAGAUUGGAGAGGUCGCACUUGAUCGGAACAAAGAAAACCGCGCUGAGAUCUUUUCUAGAGCUGGAGGCUCUUUCAAUGGCAACAGAUUGGAGAGGUCGCGGUUGAUCGGAACAAAGAUCACUAGCCGUCUAGGCACCAGACCAAAGGUGGCCCAGCUUCUCAUGGAUGCGUUUUACCUGCACGGCAAGAAGCUGCACGCGAGCGGAGCAAUCAAAAUUGUCGUCUCCCAUUGCAGGUAG